AUGGUGGGAAGGGAUGAGUGGAGGAGGUGGUUUAGGAAGGUUGGCAUGCAUGGUGGGAUGGUUUGUUUGAUGCGGUAUAGGAGUGGAUUGGUGUUGGAGUUGGCUAGUGAGAGAGAGAGAAGUGAAGGUGGCCGAGAGGAGGUUGUUUGCAUGGGUUGGGUUGGCUUGUGGGUGAGCAUCAUGCCACUACGAAGGGAUCUCGGGGAAAGUUCUAGCUCCAAUCUUGUGGAAAGGGAUCAGGAGCAAGUUGAGGAAGAUAUCUUAUUGCGUGAUUUGGUCCCACUGAGAGAGGGACAAGCGAGGGAGACCUUUGUGCCACCACCGGCACCACCACCACCACCACCUCCACAGAAAAAUAAGUUAGAUGAUACUCUUUACCACAUUGCUAAGUUUGUGAAGUUGAUGCCAACUCUGUUUAAGGGCGAUCCAGAUCCACUUGUUGCGGAUAGUUUCAUGGAUAGGGUGGAGAAGCAUAUUAAUGCCAUAAAUUUGGCAAUGGACCAGUUGAAGAUUACAUUGGCUACUUACAAUUUUGUGGGCGAUGCUGAGAUUUGGUGGAAGACCGUUUCUCACACCCAUAAUCUGGAUACUAUGAUAUAUGCUACUUUUAAGAAGUUGUACUAUGAGAAGUACUUUCCAGUGCCUAAGCGGAGGGAACUAAAGAAGGAUUUUGAUGGGUUGAAGCAAGGAAGCAUGAUAGUUACAGAGUAUGAGAAUAAGUUUACAUUGCUUUUGAGGUUUUCACCGGGGAUUGCUAAUGAUGAGGAAGGAAAGAUAGAGAAGUUUGUUGAUGGUCUUAAUCUCACCAUCAUGCCAAUUAUAGCUGCCUCAGAACCAACAGAGUAUGCAAAAGCAGUGCGAAAGGCCUUAGUAGUUGAGGCUGAAAGCAGGGACAGUAAGGCUAUCAGGGAAUCCUACAAGCACAACAGGGGUAUAAGUGCUUUCCCCGAGGGUCAAUCAAGUAAGAAACAGAAGCAUGAGCAGUCAGGAUGUGGACAGCUGGGACAUUACAAGUCCCAAUGCACUCAGACACAGGUAGCUCAGAUGAUUUGUUUUAAGUAUGGGCAGCUGGGGUAUCACAAGUCUCAGUGUACUCAGAUUCAAGUGGCAUCUGGUGGAUGUUUCGAGUGUGGCCAACAAGGCCAUAUGGUGAAAGAUUGUCCACAGCAGACCAGUGGUUUGGGCAGAGGUGGAGUUUCACAACAGAGGCAGAUUGCUUCUUAUUCAUUCAUUUCUUCAUCAUUUGCAUGGGCAUUGGGUUUGGAGGUCAGUCAGUUAGACAGACUGCUCUAUGUUGACACAUCUAUUGGGGAUUCAGUCAUUCUUGGUAGAGUUUGUAAGAGUUAUUCCAUCAUAAUUGCCGAACGUGUUCUUAAGUUCUAUCUCAUCCUUCUCGAGAUGACGAGAUUUGAUGUCAUUCUUAGGAUGGACUGGUUAUCAUCCUUCAGAGCUGUUAUUGAUUGUUUCAGGAGCAAAGUUUCAGUGUAUACCCCAGAUAGGGAUUGUUUCUAUUUUGUGGGAGAUCGGUGCGAUCCUCUCACUCAUUCAUUUUAUGGUGUUAGGGGUCGGGAUCGGUAA